AUGGCGUCCGUCUCUCCCUAUGCAGUCUCCGCAACGAAUAGAAGUGGCUUAAUUGUCAUUUUUGAAACACUAUUUAUGACGUGGAUGAUAAUAGUGAGUCUGAUUCGACUAUACAUGCGGCUCGCGAUCAAUGGACCAGUGAAGAUUGAUGAUUUGGUAGUGUUUACCGGGAGUGUCAUGGCUAUCGCCCAUGUAGGAGCGAUCAUGGAUGCGGUUUCCCAUGGUCUGGGCCGAUCAGAGGAUGAAAACUUGCUGUCAGACGCAAUACGCGCCGGAAAGGGCAUCUAUGCAGCGAACCUCUUAUUCCUGGCUGGGCACGGCGCGGCCAAGAUUUCCGUGUGUUUGCUUCUCAAGCAACUGGGUCGACAGAAAAGCUAUUUGCUCUGUUCCAAGAUCCUUUUGGGCAUGAUGGUGGCGUGGACACUUGCUUCGAUUGUUGCGGUUGCCCUCAGUUGCUUCCCACAAUACCAACUUACCAUGACCCAACAUUGUAGCAAUAUUAAUUUGGCCUGGAAGAUCAUUACUGCGUUUGAUGUGACUACAGAAGUCCUUACCUUUGGACUGUGUGUUUUAUUGGUAUGGGGAAUUCAAAUGCGGUGGAAGCAAAAGUGGACUGUAAUCUUCGCAUUUGGAACGAGGUUCCCGGUCAUCAUCUUGAUUAUACUCCGUCAAACUUAUCUUAACCGCUCGCUUUUCUAUCCCGACCCACCUCUGCAUCUAUCAGAUGCGCUAGUCGUGACCGCAGUUCUCCUUCACAGCAGCAUUAUGGUAUCCACCGUGCCAUGUCUAAAACCGUUCGUCAUUGUAUUCAACACAGGAUGGGGCCAGGGCGUCACAAAUCGCAGCGGCCAAAAUUCGUAUUUCACACCUACCGGAGAGAGCGCCCCUACCAAUAAAUCCCACGUCUACUCAAAAGACCGUGGGGAAGCGGAUGAGAUUGAUUUGACUCUGACUAUCUCCCGGCGGUCGCAGGAUAGCCAACGUCUGAUUAUUCACCAGACACAGGAAUGGAUGGUGGAGGAGGAGGAUUAUGAGAUGCACUCUACGGGAUAA